AUGUCAUUCAUCAUUCAAACAAAUGCUGAAUAUAGCCAUGAAGAGGGCACCAUUCUUGGGGACAACAACGUACAAGGCACUUUUACGACAUACUAUAAAGUAAGACUGUUUGCAAGGGGCGUAUUGUUGUCUGAUGAGGAUGAAAUUACUAAACAGAGUUAUAUCAAGUAUGAGGAAGCUGCGCCAGAUGAGAAAGACUCCGGAAAUGGUGAGAAUGCCAUCCUGCAUGCGAUUUCCGACUACGGAAUAAAUUACUUGGUCAGUGUCACUAAGGAUAAGGAAUUGGAGAAUGAACGAUUGACAGAAGGGGCUAUGCAGAUUCUAUAA